UAUCAACGGAUAGUAUAAAUUUUAAUAUUUUAUCAUGAAUUUAUGAUUAUGCGUAAAUAUUAGUCUAAAAUCAUAUAGACCAAAAACCAUAAGUUUCAUGGCAACCCAAGAACAUGCGUAUUCAGUGUGGGCGAUUCCACCGGAAAACGCGAGGAUGAGGGUGAGGAAACUGAUGGACAGCCUUCGAUCUGAAUUCGGUGGACCGGAGCUGGAACCACACAUCACUGUCGUUCGUGCUGUCACCAUGACGCUGGAAGAUGCACUUGAGAAAUUUAGAUCAGCUUGUAAGGGAUUGAAGGUCUACAAUGUUCAAGCUAGGGGUGUCUCCACCGGAACUUGCCUUUACCUCCUUUUUGACUCUUCUCCUCAGGUUGUUGGAACUAGUGAUCACUGUUCUGGCCAUUUUGGAUACAACCGCACCGCGAGGAAGUCUUUGUGUAUACUAGCCCUCGAAUGUGGAAGCUGGGCUCACCUUGUGUAUGGUGUUUGUCAUGAAGUAGGCGUGGAUAAGUUGGCCAAAAAUUGGUAGGCGCCGGAAAUGAGAACUUCUAAGGAGGGUGAAGGAGUGGUUGGAAGCAAAAGGAGGUUGCAAUUAAACCAGGGUUGUAUAAUCAGCGAGAAAUGUGGAUACUUGCAUAUGUGAAGCAUAUUUUUUGGGCGGGGAUGCAGACGACUCAGAGGGUUGAGAGUAUUAACAGUUUCUUCGACGGGUACUUGAAGAAGAAUACGAGAUUAUAUCUGUUUGCUCCUAGGUACUGCAAGGCCAUGGAAAGUAGGGCCAAUGAUGAAAAAGCUGCUGAUGUGAACUGUUGUCGUUUUACUCGGUCUUUGGUUGGAGAGUUUGCUGUGGAGAGGAAGUUCCAGAAACUAUAUACGGAUGCGAAGUUCGUUGAAAUCCAGAUCCAAUGUAUGCUGGUAUGUUACGUAACACCUAUUACUUCGAAAGUAGUUUCUGAUGUGGAGGUUGAGCAUACGGUGUCUGACAAACUAUGGGUAUGGUCCAAGUUCUUGAGAAAGGAAAUAUCUUUGGCAGGCCGGAAGCGUAUAUACGUCGUGCUGUUCAACAAGGAGACCUCUUUUGUAAAGUGUGACUGCAAACAUUUCGAGUGCCACGGCAUUAUGUGUAGGCACAUCAUUAAGGUGUUGGACGUGGAGGAUGUGGAAAAUGUGCCUGUUGGAUAUAUAGUUGACCGAUGGAGGAAAGAUAUACAACGCAAGCACACUCUUGUGAAGGUUGCUUAUCAUGAUCCCGAGAAAACAGAAGAAGUUAAGCGCUAUGACCGGAUUAUGAAUGCGGUGGAACCUGCUGCCCUCCGUGGAUCACUUUCCGAGCAGAAGUUGGAUUUGGUCAUAGAAGGUAUUAUGAAUAUUGUGUUACGUCUUGAUGAGAGUGAUGCUCUUUCAGCAUUUGGUGAUAACGAAGCUGGUGCACUGACUUCCGGGGGGAACAGGAUGGCGAUUGUUGGUCCUACGACACCAGGCUCCGUUAACAAACCUCCAAACAGCGUUGGGGAUGAUACUACCACACUUACCCCCCCUAUUAUGGUUAAAGAUCCUGUUCCGUGCGGUGGUUUAAAGGCUCACAGGACUCGUGAAAAAAGAUUUUUACAACCAGGUGAGAAUAAAAACUCCGCAAGGAAGCAAGUCAGGAAAAACAAGAGUGUUGUACCACAAGACUUUCCAGAAACCAGCAAUUGUCAGAACACUUGCCUUCCUCAACACAACUACGUGCAGCCGCCAAACACCUUCCAUCCUGGUUGGGGAUCCCACGAUCAAUGUGGGUAUAGUGCUGAUUACCCGCCUCAAAUGGCUGGGCAAGUAAGGGGGACUAUGGUAUACCCUCAGCAGAACUACAACAAUGGGGUAUCUGUUCAACAGUUUCAGUCAUGGAAAAGGCAAGGCAGCUGAACAGGAAGAAACACCAAGGACUAGGAGGUAUACAGCCAGGGAGAAGGGAAAGGCCAAGGUAAUGGAUAGUGACGAAGUGUUAAAGGUCAUGGCUGAUUCCGGCCAACGCGACGUAAAGGACGUCGUCGGGAUCCACACAGUACGUAAAAGGGCUGACAGCCUUGUCUUCCCCCACCUUCUGGCAGCUGUGUCCAGGAACGGGGAUGAAGCCAUAGGUGGAAUAGACUUCAACCCUAAAUGGCCGUACCUCACACCUCUCAAGAUAGUUAGUGCAAGACGCUUCAGGAAAGAGGCGUACUGUUUUUUAUAUUACUUACUAGAUUCGUAUAAGAUGGCUUUUAGUUUUAACCUGAACAAACUUAAAAAAAUCAUCCUUAAGUGCAUGGAAAAUGAUCUUUUCUACCGCUACCUUGUCAAAUUCUUUGAGAUGUUCAAGCCCUUGAAAGGGUGGUUAGAUGAGGUCAAUUACAGGUUACAGGUACAUGAGACAGAGUCGGGUCCAUUCGGCCUACUAGUGCUCGGUCGGAAAUACAUGGGUUUCAAAGAAAGGGAGACCACGUUCGAGUGGAUGAAUUUCGGAAACGAGGAUCUUUUUUACUACCUCUCUUACGAUGAAGACAACUACCUCCAUUUCAAGAACGAAAUGAUAGAUCUGAAUGGGUUGGAGACGAUGAGUGAGUUGGAUUUACUCCUUGAAAACCCUUUUUACUCUACGCAUAACUACCCUGCUCAUUACGAUCAGCAGAUGGAACUGGCCUACGCUUCGAGAAGUUCUAAGAUAUAUUAUCACGACGAGGACAUGGUGUACUUUCACCCGGACUCAGCUGAUGAGUACGAUAGUUCUAACAGUGACGCAAGUGAAGAAAUUUGAUGCUAAUUGGUACCUACACUUCGCUAAUAUGGGUACCAAAUGAUGCGGUUUGGGAUACAAAAAAAUUAGGUAAUCGGUGUGUCCUCGGUAAGAUUAUGUUUUUCUUUCUGAAAGUGUUAUUACUUUAGCCCUAUGGGGUUUGCAAAAUUCUCCUAAAAGCUUGUAUUUUUUGGUCGUUUUCAGUAAGGCCCUAGGACUGUAUUUGGACUAUGUAAUAGGUAUUUGGUACAGAAGGUAGUACCAAAUAGCCAAUUUGGACUAUGUAAUCGGUAUUUGGUACACACGGUAGUACCAAAUAGCCAAUUCGUAAUUUAUGUGAAUUUAUAUGAGUUCACAAUUAAUAUGUUAUUAACAUUACAUUUGUCAUGAUAGUCUAGCAUUAAUAAUAAAUAAACCUUGUUCAAUUUAAUACAAAUUCUAACAUUAUAUAUCAUAAUACAACACUUAAGGAAUUUAAUUCUUCAGCUUACACAACACUGAUUAUAAGAAUAUAGCCGACUACGAAUACAAACCAAUAUAAUAAGAACCCUAGUUGUUUAUAAUUGUGGUAGUCGACUCACCCUCAAUCCUUGCCAUCUUCAUAGACCCAACUUCGACGUACGGGCUACUUUUUUCUUUCUUGACACGUAAACCACCGGCUGUACACAAAAUUGUAAGUAUGAGUUACACAGUAGACGUCGAAUUAGGAAACGUAUUGAAUAUAAUUGGGUGCGUCCUCAUUUGAACUUAUAUACUCUUGUACUUACUUAGCUACCUACCCACAACAUUAAUUUGUAGAGGCCAUCGCACAAUGUAAAAGUGUCCAGAAAUAUGAAGGUGGAUUGCAAAGAUGAUACUAGUGUACUUUGUGUUUGGUACCACAUUCGUAAAAGUUAUUAAGAAAAGUAGUAGAAAGGUACAACUACAUGCACGGGAAUGGAACCCUAUUCGACCUUAUUACGGUACUAAACUCUCAGAUUAAGGUCAAAUUUUAUGUAAAGGUCAUCAAUGUCGUUUCAAAGGGCAUUUAAUCUAAGUAGAGUAUGUAGAAAAAGGGGUGUUGUACGCUUUUUACCUCAAAUGUGAAGUUGAACAACCCGCUUUCUGCCGUGGAAUCAUCUUCUUUGUAAGAUACGAAUAGAUCGUUAACGCGCCACAUAAGAACCACCCCUCCACACUGAUCUAUGUUAUCGAACACUGCACUCUCGUACUUUCCUGGUAGGGUAGUUAUCAGUUCCUGACAGUGUUCGUCGCUUAUCCUGGCUUCAGUGAAAAUCAACAGAGCCGGGUGGUGGGUUGCAAACAGUUCCAACAAUGUCGCCUUGAAUGAUGGCCUUGUCAUGGACUUAGCGUUCCAUAUUGACACAAUCAAACCGCGUGGGAUCGUAUUUGGUACCCCCUCGAAUUUCUUUUGUCCCUGAACAGAAAUGUCUGUGUAGGCACGAGACAUGCCCCAAAAAAAUCGCCGGCUCACUCUGACAUUUAGGCUGUAGAAAAAAUCCUCCGCCCUCAUAAUGUGAAUAGUGUCUGAGUAGGAUGCAAUGAAAAUGUGUGCGUCGAAGGCGGGGACGUUAUAAAUUGGUAGAUCCUGGACAUCUAUGUCUGGGACGGGGUCAACGACUGCAAGAAGCUCCGUUGGGUACAACUUCCAGUCAAGUUGUUCCCUCAGUUGGUUGGAACACCAGUCGAGAAACCUCCAGAAGCCCAAAUGCAUGUGCGGUUGGUCUCUGAUUAAAGGACGGUGAGCUGCAGCAGCAUUCCCUUCAGUUGUUGCCAUGAUGGCACAAGGGAAAUUUUCAUGGCUGUACGGCAAAUUGUCCAUAACAGCAUUAACUUGAAAAUUCAAGUCCGUCUUAAUUGCUUCAUCUAACGGAAAAAGCAUUUCUAAGUCUUCCAUGUCGACGUAGUACGAGGUGUUGUUGUAGUCCAACUCAGGGACGUUUGUUGAUUUUGGUGGAUUGAAAUAAAAAACGCAAUUUGGAUGUGAAAGAUAAUUUUGGCAAGUCCCAGAGACCUGGUUUUGCGCAACCCUACUCGAAAUCGACUUCAGUUUCUUCAUGCUAAAAGGUAGUAAUGAGAAAUUGGCUUUUGAGUGAGGGGGAAAACACUUAUGGCUAUAAGUUUGUAUAAAGGGAGAAGAUUAAAUGAAGUUAUACUAGAACAGGUAGUUGAUAGCCAUUACUUACAGUGGUUGAAAGUAAUUAAUGUGACUCACAUUUCCCAACGUUUUUACGUAAGUUAGUAAAUGAACUUCAAAUCUUUACGUUUGGAACCCCAAACUACCAAUUACCUAGGUUUGGUAUACGAUGAUAUAUUCCCCUAUACUUUUUAAACCGGUAUGUACUCAAACAAAACAAUACAUACUUAUUUAUAUACACACUUAUAAAUACUCCGUAUCACACCUGGACCAUAAAUACAUGAAACGUAUAUGUGUUGUACAAAAGGUUUAGUUAAUAAACAAUCGUUGAGAGUGUGGAUUGUUUGGGACUCUGUAUUCAGGAGGUUGAGACUGCAUAACCUUGGGAAUGGUACUUCAUGGGGAUAAGACAAGGACAAACUUGGCGUGGUAGUUUUUAAGUUUUGUAGGCGGGUAUUGAGCACCAUACCCCCGAUGGGUAGUUACGUAUAGCAAGGCGGUUUCAUUAUAAUAAUAAAGGUAGUUAUUCAUUUCCACAUUAUUUGGAUAAGGACGGACCCAGGGAUCGUCUUCUAUAAAUAGGAGAACACAUUCACGUUUAUAGAGUGCAUGUAUUGGAGAAAUACGAUAAUAAAAUGGCAUCGUCCACAAACUCAAGAUGGUCUGGCGUCCCUCAUAGACCCACGACGGAAGAACGUGCCAUGGAAGAAAUUAAUGCAAAGGUGCAACAAAUCAAGGAAGCGAAAAUAACUUAACGUGACUGCAUAAAAUCAACAAUGAUAAGAAUGAGGUGGGAAGGGAAUAAUCGGGCUGAGACCCUUUUCAAAGAUUUGCUACAGAGGUAUGACGAUGUGGAGCAAGGCGUUGAUGAAAUGAACAAGGUAAUGGAGAAUGGGAUACGAAAUUGCAAAGAACAUAUACAUCGACUCAAAUCCAUGCAACGUCAUUUCUUUACAUCGCUACACCAGGCGCAGCGUAUCGGUGGUCAUGGGGAUCAUUGUGAACAUAUGAAAGAAAUCAUUGAGCAAUAUGACGACGCAGAACAAAGGGUGAUUGAUCUUAAUAUAGGAAUUGAGCGUAUCAAGUCCCCUACGCUUGCUCCGUGAGACUGAUUAUUCCCUUCGUUAACGCAAUUCCGUAUGUUUGCUAAAGUAAGGUGUGAAGCAUUAUAAGUAGUACAUAUUAAUAGUAAGUUCGUGUGACGCAGUGUAAGUUGUAAAUGUUAUUUUAAAAAUUGAUGUCAUUGUGUACAACUGUGUAAUGUUAGUGCGUCUUUCUGUUUAUGAAAUUAGGCUUUGCAGAUGUGUGUAAGUGUGUCUUAUGAUAAGUGAUUGCAAGUAUGUUAAGUGUUUGCAACUAUUUAAUGAACCAUAUUGUGUAAUUACCAUUUGUGGGUAAUUUUAUUGUAAUUUUCGAUAAACGCCUAUGUACUCGACUACGAAUAAUUUUCAUACGGGCUACUUAAUACUCGACAAUCCUAUCUUUUCGUCAACAUUUAGUGUAACGAAGGGACGCUGUCUGGUCAUUUCUUUGGGUGUCUUUAAUAAAGCUGAAAUGAAAUAUUAAAGCGUAUUAGGUUGAAAAUCGCGCGAAUUGAAGAUCAUAACUAACAACAAAGGUCAGCAGUUUGAAGAAGAUAUAAAGUUUGAAGAAGAUAUUGAAGGAAAUAAUGCCCUUGGUCCAAGUAUGCAUUCUAUGUUAAGUCUAAUAAAUGCGGUUCAGUAUUAAUUAACAAGUUAAUAAUUCAGUGAGAUCAAGUGAGCUGAAUGCCUAGCUAGAGGCCGCUUCAGUUCAAGUGGAAUUAAUGAUAUUAAUCCACAGCUUACUCUUGACUGAACCCGUAGGGUCACACAAAUAGUACGUAAACGGAUCAAGUAUUUAAUGGCAUUAGAUACUCCAUCUAUGGA